AUGACUAGCAAUGGAAGAUAUCGAAGAAAGAUGAACGCAGAAGAAAUUGCUGAGAUGACAAAAGUGACGGUGAAAAAAAUAGAGUAUCUACAUGCAAAUAGACGUCUGGGCCCUAACACUGUAGUUUCUUAUCACGAUAUGAGCUCACCUGGCUAUGGCUGGCUGCUUCCUGGCUGGGUGGCCGAGGAACGCUGUGUAGAGAGCGGCAGGAUUUAUAGAGUGAAGCGGGUUGUAGAAGAGAUCAAAAGGAAAAACAAAGUGGACAUUAGUGGCAAUCCUAGGGCUCUAAGGAGGUUGAGAACUGCAUGUGAGAGGGCAAAAAGGACACUCUCUUGUGUUGUUACCACCAAAGUUGAUGUUGAUGCUAUAUUUCAAGGCAUAGACUUCAACUCUUCAAUCAAUCGUGCAAGGUUUGAGGAAAUUAAUAUGGAGCUGUUUGAAGAGUGCAUUGAGACAGUAGAGAAGUGUCUUACUGAUGCUAAGAUGGACAAAAGCAGUGUGCAUGAUGUUGUCCUUGUUGGUGGCUCUUCUAGAAUUCCCAAAGUGCAGCAGUUAUUGCAGGCUUUCUUCAAUGGUAAAGAUUUGUGCAAGAGUAUUAACCCUGAUGAGGCUGUUGCUUAUGGCGCAGCUGUGGCCCACCCCUAG